AUCACCUUUCCCAUCUGGUCUACCCCAAGCCAAGCGCACUGCGCACAUAACAAGUGCUCUAUGGCCACCUCCUGCUCAUCAUAGCCAUCACCUUUCCCAUCCCUCCCCACACGAGCUAAGCGCACACAGCAACUGCCACAGAUCCACGCCAGGAAGGGCUCCAUCGGCGUCUCCGCCUCACCUCUCUGCAGCAAGCAGAGCAGAGGCAGGCAGGCAGGGGAUGAAGCGCGUGGCGGGGAGCCCGGGGACAUGGAGCGGCAUGGCGCUACGGCUGUCGCAGUGCGUCUUCGCCGCCGCCUCCACCUUCGCCAUGGUCUCCGGCUUCGGCUACUCCAACUACAGCGCCUUCUUCUACUUGAUUGCAGCGUUGAUCCUGCAGCUUAUGUGGAGUUUGCGCCUUGCUUAUAAGGAUAUCUUUGCUCUAAGGAAUAAAAAGGAUCUUCACACCCGGGAUAAUCUAUUGUUCAUUGUUAUAGUUGACUGGGUAAGUCGUUCGCUCUGUAUCUUCUAUUGUCCAUGAGCUACGUCUGAAUUAACUGAAGGCAUGCACUGAAGCAAUUAAACCCAGAUUUUUUAGCGGUACAGCUGUUGCAUUGUGAGACUUCUACGUGCACCAGGCUGUUCUUAUUUUUUUUUAGUUCUUAAGAAAAAAAUAAAUUCAGGAUAAUGCAAGUGUGCAACUCAUGCUUCUCUAUUGGCCAAGUUCAAGUUCU